GAGUGUGCCGCGCAGUCAAAACCGAUGGGGCUCUGUUGAUUUCGGACAAUCGAUAAAUAUUUGCCGGCAUAUCAUUGCGUCAUAAAAUUUCAAGUAUGUAAGUUGUUUAUUGAUUUUCAUGCGAUUUUCCGAACAGUCCCGAAACAGAAUUCCCCCUGAUUUUUAAGCAUAGUUCAUAUUAGAUGGCUGUGAGGCAACCCCUAUUUGGAACAUGGGAUUACGUUGUUCUUGUAAUUGUUCUUUUGGUCUCAUCCAUGGUGGGAGUAUACUAUCGGUUUACCGGUGGAAAACAAAGAACGACCAAGGAAUACCUGCUGGCUGAUAAGAAUAUGCCAUUUCUGCCUGUAGCAUUCUCCUUGAUGGCCUCCUUCAUGUCUGCCAUCACGCUGUUGGGUGUUUCAAGUGAAAACUAUACAUUCGGAAUUCAGUUUGUUGUGAUAAACUUAUCUUAUGGAAUUUUCACUUGGGUGGCUGCCUAUCUAUAUCUUCCCGUAUUCUUUCAGCUACAAGCCACUAGUGCCUACGAGUAUUUGGAAAGGCGAUUCGGUAAAACUACCAGAACAAUUGCUUCGUUGUUAUACACAUUCCAAAUGGUGCUUUAUAUGGGCAUAGUUUUAUAUGCCCCCGCUAUAGCUCUAGAAGCACUAACAGGAAUCAACAGGGUUUCUGCGAUUUCAUCGGUAGGUUUAGUAUGUAUAUUUUAUUCGACUAUCGGAGGAAUGAAAGCUGUACUAAUGACUGACGUUUUUCAAUCCCUACUUAUGUUUGCGGCUGUAAUGAGUAUCAUCGUGUGUGCUGUGAUAGACAAGGGCAGUUUUGCUGAAAUCUGGAGAAUUGCAGAAGAAGGAGGAAGAACAGAGAUAUUGAAUUUCGAUUUAGACCCUACCGUCCGGCACACCUGGUUCACCCUCAUCAUUGGUGGAGGGGUAACGUUCCUAUCCUUAUACGGUGUGAACCAAACUCAGGUACAGAGGUACUUAACGGUGAAAGACUUGAAGACGGCCCAGAAGGCUUUGUGGUGGAAUUGGCCUAUUUUGACAUUUCUCAGCUUAACAACAUCUUUUUCGGGCCUGGCCAUUUAUUCGAAAUAUCAUGAUUGCGAUCCUGUCACUACGAAAGUCAUCAGGAGUUCGGAUCAACUAAUGCCGCUCUAUGUAGUGGAGUCGAUGGGCCAUAUACCAGGAUUGUCUGGCUUAUUUGUAGCUGGCAUAUUUAGUGCCUCCUUAUCUACAGUUUCUGCAGCUGUCAACAGCUUGGCCGCAGUGGCUGUAGAAGACUAUUACAAGCCUCUGUAUAAACGUUUCUAUAAAUACGCACUUUCAGAGAAGAGAGCGCUAAUUCACUCGAAACUUAUCGCUUUCGUUUAUGGAGGGAUAUGUUUGUUGAUCGCCUUCCUGGCUCAAGUAUUGGGAGGCGUCCUUCAAGCCUCCCUCACAAUAUUUGGUGCCAUCGGGGGACCCCUUCUGGGUAUAUUCACAUUGGGAAUGUUCACCACCAGGGCCAAUCAGAAGGGAACCCUCUUUGGUCUCUGUUGUGGCGUUGGGCUAUCACUGUGGAUGGCCUUCGGGCAACCAAAACCACCUCCACCAAAGCUACCAGUAUCAGUUGAAGGUUGUGAUAAAGAUUUUUUAUUAAAUUAUACGAUGGCAGCUUCUGCCGUUCAUUCUGAUGAAAGUUCCUAUUUUUGGCUUUAUAAAGUAUCUUACCUAUAUCUAGGAGUAUUUGGAUUGUUGUGCACACUUUUAGUGGGAUACAUGAGCAGUAUAAUGUUCUUCAAAAGAAGCGAAUCGGAAGAGAAAUCAGUUAAAAACCCGGAUCUAUUCAUUCCACCACUGUCCAGGAGGCUUGCGGAAAAGAGGAAUAACAAUUUGACUCGAAUUUCCGAUAAUGGUAUCGGUAGUUUUCGAAAUACUUACGACACGCACGUCCUUUGAGAAUGAUAAUGAAGCACAUAUUAAAAACAUUCAGACUGGGAUGUGUAGAUCUGAAAAAAUACUUCCUAUUUUUCAUAGAGAGUAAUACCAAAGAGGAGUUAAUCUUUGGUAAUACUGUACUCAGUGUGUUAACACAUAAACAAAAUAAGUCUUCCAAGGACGGACCAUUUAGUAUUAUUACUUAGAUCGAAUAUUUUCAGAAAUUGUUGAUUUGAUGAUUAUAAUAAGAUGUACCUAGUUGUAGUAUGUAGGUAGAGGUUUUCUAGAAUGUCGCCAUAUUUCCACAGACAAUAAAUUGUUAUUUGUGUAUUUCUAAAUUGUUGAUCUUGAAACUUGAAUAUUUUCGAAUAUUUAUUGAAAUUAACUUAAAGAACGUUCAUUUCUCAUUAAUUACUUCAACUGUUCAACACAUUCCAUUUUCAUCAUGAUCAUGAAAUUUCGUUUGAGAAUAUUUUUCAAACUUUAUAUCGAAGAUUUGUGUUUGAUACGAGAAUUAUUUAUAAUGUAGACUUCGAAACAGGUGGAUGAAAAUGAAUAAAACUGUUGUUAAA